CAAAUUAUACCUCACUCUCUCUUGUGUAUAUAUAAUAAAGUGGAGGAAGGUUGGAGGUUUCGGUAUGAUGCUUUCAGGGGUUGAUGAAAAUAAAAUAUAGGCAUAGCGUAGCAGCUUCUUCUUCUUCUUCUUCGCGAACGGGGCUUUGUCACUAUGUCUAUCAGCAUUAAGAAAUUCGUAUGUUAACCAUUAUCUCCUUGGGUGGUGUAGACUGAAAUUAAAACACAAUGGAGUGUAACAGAGAUGAGGCGGUGAGGGCCAAGACUAUUGCAGAAAGUAAGAUGAUGAAGAAUGAUUUUGAAGGUGGUAGGAAGUUUGCUCUCAAGGCCCAAAAGCUCUUUCCUGAACUAGAAAACAUGUCCCAGCUGCUAGCUGUUUGUGAUGUCCAUUGUGCUGCAGCCCAAAACGAUGCUGCAAAGGACCUAUAUGGAAUACUUCAAGUUGAUAGCUUAGCUGAUAUGGCAACCAUCAAGAAACAAUACAGAAAACUUGCACUCGUUCUACACCCUGACAAAAACCAUUUUCCCGGUGCAGAAUCUGCUUUUAAACUCAUUGUGGAAGCCAAUAUGAUACUUUCUGAUAACGCAAAAAGGACUUUAUAUGAUUACACAUGUAGAGAUCCUACUUUCCAAAAGCCACAAUCAGAUUCGAAUGCCCGACCAUCAUCACCAUUCUCGACGUUGUGUCCUUUUUGUAAGAAAAAAUACGAGUAUUGCAGAGAUCAUGUAAACAAAAGGAUCAAGUGUCCAGAGUGCUCAAAAUUCUUUAUGGCUUUUGAUAUAGGUGCCGCCUGCAAGCAAAAUGUGAACCCGCCCACCUCUUCUCAACAGGAAGAGGCUAAAGUUGAUCCCCAAAGGGCUGCCCCUCAAUGUACAAAAAAAACUGGGGAUGGUGGGAGUACAAGUGUAGAAAAUGGUGGUGAUAUGGGUGGAACCGGUGAUUCCAAUGGUAAAUGUUCCAAACAAUCUCGCAAAAGGUCGCAUAGUGAAGAGGCUAAAAAAAGAUAUAGAAUAAGGAAAUCAUCUAGUGACGUCAAAGAUGAACAAAAGGAAGUUCCUGAAUUGAAGGAAGAAAACAAUAAAUCUGUUUCAGACUCUGAACCUGUGUAUGCUAAUGUUCCAGAUUCAGAAUUCAGCAAUUUUGAUAAAGAUAAGGAAAAAGAUUGUUUUGCAGUUGACCAAAUCUGGGCUAUUUAUGAUACAAUUGACACAAUGCCAAGAUUCUACGCUCAGAUCAGAAAAGUUUAUUCAUCUGGAUUCAGACUAAGCAUCACUUGGUUAGAAGCUGAUCCCGAGGACCCUCUAGAAAGAAAGUGGGCAGAAGAAGGUUUACCCAUUACGUGUGGUAAAUUUAAGCGUGGGGAUACAGAGGAAACGUACGACCGUCUCAUGUUCUCUCAUCAGAUGCCAUUUGAGAAAGGUAGUAAAAGAUUUUCUUUUCUCAUUUAUCCUAGAAAGGGUGAAAUUUGGGCUCUUUUUAAGGACUGGGAUAUUACCAAAUGGAGCUCCGACCCGGGAAACCAUAUGAAAUAUAAAUUUGAGAUUGUGGAGAUUCUGUGUGAUUUUGAUAAGGAUAACGGCGUUCUUGUGGCUUAUAUGGUGAAAGUGGAAGGAUUUGUGGGUUUGUUUCAGAAGACAAGUCGGGCCAGACUCGCCGAACAGCGGGUCCCAUCCGGCGAUCUCUUUAGAUUUUCUCACCGUAUCCCCUCACUAAAAUUGACUGGAAAUGAGAGAGCAGAUGUACCUGUUGGAUCUUGGGAGCUUGAUACUGCUUCUCUACCAGAUGACCUGGACCAGUUUUAUUUUUCUAAUAAUGUCAAGGUGAAGCCGAGUCAACCACCUGAAAAAAGAGUGAAGUCAACUUGUGUUCAAAACACGAUGCCGGCAAAAGGUGAAGAUGAUGAUGAUGUGAACAUAGGAUUCACAAAAAGUCAUCCACCUUCGGAUGAGAAAGAAGCAAAGAUAUCCAUUCAUAAUUUUAGUUUGGACAAACAGAAUUGGAUAUUUAAAGAGGGUCAGAUAUGGGCACUUGGUAGAAGCAAGCAUGAAGAUCUCAGAUGCUAUGCACAGAUCAAAAAGAUUGAAUCAAGCCCACUUAGAUUGCAUGUAGACCUACUUGAGUUAUGUAAUGAUACAGCUAGGCCAUAUGGAUGUGGCAUAUAUAAAGCUGCUGGUGGAAAACGCAUAAUUCAGCAAGAUUUAUUUUUAUAUCUUGUGAAAGCACAACUCAAUGGUAGGAACUAUUUCAAUAUAUUUCCAAGGAAAAAUGAGAUCUGGGUUCUAUGUAAGGAGCAGGAUGUGGAUGCUGGUGAUUGUGACAUUGUUCAAGUCAUUGAAAACAAUGGAGAUAUUUUAAAGCUUUUGCCCCUCACACAUGUAGGUGGUGGCUACAAAUCAGUUUUUAAAGGUGGUGAUAGGGUUGUGGAGAUUCCAAUUGAUGAGUCACACAGGUUCAUUUAUCAGCUCCCAGCUGUUCGUUUAACAGAUGAACUAGAUGGUCGAUUGAGAGGCUUUUGGGAGCUUGAUCUUGCAGAAUUUCCAGGACUGGUCCCUAUUUAAGUAUUGGGCUUGAAAGAGAGAUGAAGGAAGCUUAAAGAAGGGAAUUUUGCCAGGUUUGGUGGUGGGUUUUGUUUUAGGUAGGAAUAUGUACAUAUAUUAUGUUAUCUUUUGUAGGGGAGGAUGCAAAGUAAAACUGCUAAAGCUAAAUAUAUUAGUAAAAGUGGAACAAUGAGUUGUUUACACUUCUAUCAUCAUCUAAUUACGCCUUAUGGGUAUUUAGUUU